AUGGUGCUAUAUUGUAUUUGUGCAACUCUGAUAGUACUAUUAACAAUUAUUUUAAAAUAUAUAUUAACAAAAAAUCAUGAUUACUGGAAGAAAAGAAACGUACCUUAUUUGGAGCCCUCACUUUUAUUUGGAAACUAUAAAGAAACCAUCCUACUCAAAAAGCAUCAAAGUCAAGUUACAUUUGACAUCUGUAACAAGUUUCCGAAUGAGCCAUACAUAGGCACUUUCUUCGGCACCGACCCAGCGCUCGUCGUCCUGGACCCGAACCUGAUUAAACUUAUCUUUGCUACAGACUUCUACUACUUCAGUGGCAGAGAAGUAAACGACUAUUCGCACAAAGAAGUGAUCACGAGGAAUGUAUUUUUCAGUGGCGGUGAUGAGUGGAAAAUACAGCGUCAGAACCUCACUCCCUUAUACUCCUCUAGCAAAAUUAAGGGUAUGUUCCAUUUGAUACAAAACUGCGCUAAGCAGUUGGAGAAACUCCUAGAAGAGGAGACGAAAUACUCCCAGUACGUGAACGCUAAAUUGUUACUGGGGAAGUUCACCAUGGACGCCAUCACCAGCUGCGCGUUCGGAAUAAACUCCGACAUUAUGAAAAAAGAAACUUCCAGCACAAAUCCGUUUAGUGUGCUCGGUUCCAAGAUAUUUGACACAUCCAAAAUAGCAGGAAUAAAAUUAUAUUUCAGACAAAUGUGGCCUGCCUUGUUUUACGGCUUGAGAUUGUCGGUAUUCGAUCCGAGUGUAAAUGAUUAUUUUGUAAAGAUUUUAAAAGGAGUUUUCGAAUCACGCAGCAACGCCAGAUCUUCGAGAAAUGACUUCGUCGAUCUUAUAUUGACUUGGAAAAAUGAUAAAGUAAUAAGUGGGGACAGCGUGAGUAACUUCAAAACUGGCGAGAAGAAGACUUUGACCCUCGAAGUGAAUGACGAGCUAUUGACGAGUCAGUGCGUAGCGCUUUUUGGUGCGGGAUUUGAGACCACGGCCAUUGUGCUGAGUACUACUUUGUACGAGAUCGCUAAAAACUCUAAAGUACAGAAGAAGGUGAUAGAAGAAGUUGAUCUUUAUUUCAAGAGGCAUAAUGGUGAAAUUGAUUACGAGUGUGUGAAUGAACUGCCGUACCUCGUGGCCUGCAUCGCCGAAGCUCUACGCCUCCAUCCACCGGAGCCGGUCAUCACUCGGGAGGUGAUGGAGGACUACACUUUACCGACGGGUCUUCGUUUAAAGAAAAGCGAUCGUAUUCACAUUCCAGUUAAUUUUCUCCAUCGGCAACCUCGACAUUUCCCAGAACCAGAUGUAUUCAAUCCGGAGAGAUUUUAUGGGGAGUUAAAAAGAGAUAUAACACCCUUUACCUACUUACCUUUCGGCGAGGGACCCAGAAUAUGUAUCGGUAUUCGGUUUACUAAGAUGCUGAUGCACGCCGCUCUGCUGGCGGUGUUCAAGAGCCAUCGCCUGGAGUUGUCACAGGAAAUGCCUCCCACCUUACCGUUGCUGCCCUACUCGAUAGUAGCCACCCCCGCAAUACCGAUUAUGCUUAAAUUUAUAUCACGCAAAGAAUAAAGU